AUGUGUGACUCGAUCUUUCGCGAACGAUGGAACGUCCGGGCGUCAGAUAUCGGGAGGAGAACUCACAAUCCCAUAAGGUCGAUCGUGGAGAACAUCGUGGUCGAGCCGAAUGCUACGAAACCAUUGAUCUCAUUGUCCAUCGGCGAUCCUACAACAUUUGGCAACUUGAAACCACCAACAGAAGUGAUUGAAGCUGUUCAACAGAGCGUUGGGUCUCAAUUAUAUAAUGGAUACGCACCGAGUACAGGUUAUCAGACCGCCAAGGAAGCCGUCGCAGAAUACAGUUCCAACGAGUUCGUGAAAGUAAAGCCCGAGGACGUGAUCCUUUGCAGCGGAUGCUCCUGCGCGCUUGAUCUCUGUAUAACAGCUCUGGCACGAGAGGGCCAGAACAUCCUGAUACCACGACCUGGUUUUUCGAUCUAUCGAACGCUGGCAGAGGGUCUCGGGAUCACCGUAAAGUCCUACGAUUUACGCCCCGAGCUUGGCUGGGAAAUCGACCUGGACGACUUGGAGUCACAGAUCGACGAAUCGACGGCGGCCAUCAUUAUAAACAACCCUUCGAACCCGUGCGGAUCUGUGUUCACGAGGGACCAUACACUUGACAUUCUCGAUGUGGCCGCUCGUUACUACGUCCCUAUUAUAGCCGAUGAAAUUUACGAGCAUAUGGUUUUUCCAGGACGGAAUUUUCACUCAUUGGCGUCCUUGUCGAGCGACGUCCCUAUUCUGUCGUGCAGCGGCCUGACGAAAAGAUUUUUAGUACCUGGCUGGCGUAUGGGCUGGAUAAUCAUCCACGAUCGUCAAAACGUUCUGGAGAAGGAGAUUCGGAAAGCUUUACACUGCCUGAGUCAAAGAAUUAUCGGCAGCAACACACUCAUUCAAGGUGCACUGCCAGCAAUUUUGAGAAAUACGCCACAGAAGUUUUACGAUGACGUCAUGUGUACAUUAUACAAUCACUCAAAAUUGGCGUAUAAUUUUGUAAUGAAGAUUCCCGGAUUGAAACCAAUAAUGCCAGCGGGAGCAAUGUACAUGAUGGUUUACAUAGAUCUACCCUGUUUUCCGGAAUUUAAUUCCGAUCUCGAAUUCGUGCAGCGACUGCUAAUGGAGGAGUCCGUGUUCUGCCUUCCCGGCCAGUGCUUCGAUUAUCCGUCCUACAUGAGGCUCGUCAUCACGGUGCCCAUGGACAUGCUGGAUGAGGCAUGCCGGAGGGUUCAGGAGUUCUGCGAGAGGCACCAUUACAAAACAGCUGAAGGCGCGCGAAGGAACAGCCUAGAGGACGAGGAAAUCCUCUAUUGA